ACGCGCGUUAUUUGUUGCAGGUCUCUUGUUUUUGCUUUUCUAAGAAAAAAAUUGAUGGAGCUGAUUUUGGAAAACAUCGGCUAAAUGGCACCUAAAAAGGAAAAGAAUAUUCCGAAAAAGGUAACGUCUGUUAAGGAGAACGUUUGGGAAGUUAACGUCCCGCCUGGAGAUGAAAAUGUGAAGAUAGAAAAUGUUGCUGAUGCAACAGAUAAUUUUCCCUCCGCGAAGCCUGUUGAAAAAGAUAACCUAGCGGAUGAAGACGCGGGCCAUACAGACGAGAAUGGACUUAAUACAAGGAGAGAGCACCAUGAGAUCCCAUCAAAUUCAAUUCCAAGGGACAGAGCUGCAGAGCAUGGAGGAGGAACAGGACCACCCGAGAUCACAAACCACCCUGAUGAACCAUCCGAUGAACCAACUGAGAUCACGAAACAGCCCGACAAAGAACCUACUAGCCCCAUGAGGUUGGCUGGUAUCCUCUUAGUUGUUGCAUUUUUGUUAGUUAUCUUGGCUAUCUUAAUUGCCCCUGAUGAAAAGCCCGAAAGAAAACCUUUUGUCCUUCCUAUAAUCUUUGAAAAUAAGAUAAAAGAACUUCAAUCUUCUUUCACUAACCAAACUGACCGGUUUUGGAGGAUCCUAAAGAACCGUGGCUUGGCACAUCUCAAUAAUCCCAGUCCGUCUCAGCCACUUGUAUUGUUACUAGCUGCACCCCCAGCUGCUCACAGCACUGUGGACUGCUUUGCCAAGAAGCUUGCAGAGGGGUUAGAUCCAGAAUACAAGAGAAUGUUAGCAACGAUUGAUGGAAGAGAAGAAAGGAGUUACCCUGGUGAAGAUACCAAGAAAAAGAUGGAUGAUUUACUAAAAAGAAGGUUUAAGGAGGGCCACAGAGCAGCACUUGUCCAUCACCUGGAGCUCCUUCCGCCUCCAUCACCUCUGUUGUUCUACUCAUAUUGCGAUGAUCAGAAUGCACCAAAUAAACAUGUUGCUAUUAUCUUCACCGUACACAUGCCCGUAGAGCCAGAUGCAUCAUUAGAGCCCAAAGAAGCAGAGGGAACAGUUGAGAAGUAUCUCGCUGAUAUAGUUUGGGCAAAGGAGGACAAGGAUGCUGUCGCUGCUCUUUUGAGCCGAGUUGCAGACACAGUGGCUCUUAUGAAUGGUGAACCUAGUAGUUCAGCUACUUGUUAACUUGUUUUAUAUGAGACAAGAUUUCAUACAUUUUACUCAUGCAGGUACACCCGCCAGUAGGUGCCAGCAGAAUCCAAUCUUCACUAGCCAUUACAACCUAUGCUUUGGUCAAUGUAGCAAUUUUAGACAGACAGUCAGUAGUGAUGUUGAGUUUUUCAGAUUGUUAACUCACCGUAAAAUAUAAGUGGUAGCUGCAUCAUUUUUCCUUGAUUUUUUUCUUUUCUGCAAAUUGUAUUUAGGCAUUCAUACAAUCCACUCUUGUCCUGUUACAAACAGUUAUCUAUGAUAUCAACCCAGAAUUAUAAUUAGGCAGACCUAUAUCUGUCUAUUUGAAAUAUAGCCAUUACUUGCUGCUAUUAAUCUGAAAUACCAGCCUUUUCAACUCCCUUACUUGUGGGUUGCACAGGAGGAAAGAGAUGGAUUAGGGGAUGGAGAUGGCUAACAUUUCAGACUAGCUGUUAUGGGCAAAAAAUUUAUAACCUGAUCCAUCAGUGUCUACCAUAGCGUGAGUUGACUGAAACUGGAGUUACCAAUAAAGCGAAUUUAAGUAACUUUAGAUUUUGCAUUGAAAAACAUUGGAUGUUCUGAACAACAAUACUGUAUUCACCAUUUUUACAUAGACCAUAGUGAACCUUUGUUGCCCCCUAAAACUUUGCAUAACCAUUGUUUCCGGUUUCUCCCAGGUAUUAGAGUUGUCCCAAGAGAAAUCAAAGGCAAUGGUUAUGCAAAAGUUUUGUUUUUGGAGGGAAGAGGGGGGAGUGGUAAACAAGUUGCAUUAUGGUCUGUAUGAAAAUGGUGAAAUUAUUAUCUCUCUUUAGCCUGUGCACCUGAAUGGCUGCAUGCAUGGGCUAAGUAGGGGAUAAUAAUUAUUUUGCUUUAGUGCAUGUACUUCAAUAGUGAAGUUUUAGUAUCUCAGGUUUCUUUCCUUGUAUGGACUUGAAUUUUGUUAUCAUUUUGACCAUUUCUUUUAAAAAUGGGUAACCAUCAAGGUAUGUCAUGAUAGUAUAUAGCAUGAGCUCAGGCUCUAUUUGUGGUUAUGAGGUAAAUAAAACUCUGGCAGCUGGCAUGACAACCAUGUAAGAGAGUAAGGGAGAAUGCACAAGAACUGCUAGAAUUGGGCCUGCUCUCAGGUUAACUUGAAUCAUAAUGAAGCUUAGGUCAACCUUGCCUUAUCUGAUAACCUGUUGGAUGGAUGUAUUAUUGAGGCCCUGCCAGGGUAAAUUCCAACAAGCGACAUGGCCCAAAAAGUAGCAACAGCACGUAAAAUGAAAUAGCGACAAGAGACAACCUCCCUCGGCCAAAUUGUGACAGGGACGGUAAACCGGCAAUAAGCGACAAGCAUUUAUAAACACCAACACGAGACAUUUUAAAAUUCAGACAGGCGACAUG